UGUACAAACAAGACGGAAAAAUGAUGCGAGAUUAAAAAGUAACAAAAAUAAAUAUAUAUUGUUUUUUUGCUUUUUUUUAUAUACGCAUUGCUGUAAAGACUAAAUUGAGUGAGACGGCGGCAACGUCGGCGGUCGGGUGUAAAAUUUUCGUCCAAACUGUAAAUUGAAAAAAAAAGGAACCAAAAUCAAAAGAACAACAACGCAAACAAAUAAACAAAACGCAGCGCAGCGCGAACGCUGGUGUGCGUGUGUGUGUGUGUGGGCGCCAGGCGUAGACGACAGCAACAACAGCACGAAAAGGGAUUAGAAGAAUCAGUUGGAGCAGAAGGGAAAUUCGCUGCAAUUGGGACAUGUCCAAGGUGCAGCCAAUGGCGUCGGCGUCGGCGUCGGUGCGCGCACGCCCGCGCCAAUUGGGCGGCGAGAGUGUGACCAUAGCACAUGCCGAGGCGGCCAGUGGAGAUGCGGCGAGCGUGGAUCUGAACGCAUUGGACUACACCAGCAGCAGCUCGAUCAUUGAGUUUCUGGCCAAGGAGCAGGACUGCAAUCUCGAGCCAGCCGAUCCGGAUAGCAUAUUCCAGGAGGUGAAUCGCCUCGCCGACAGCACAGAUUUGCGCUCCGUGGAUGAGCUGCUGCUGGAAGCGGAGCGUCUCAUUCAGCAACAGCUGCGCUUGGGCGACGGUGACGGCGACGGCGACGGUGACAGCGAUGCCAAUGGCCAGGUGAAGACGCCCUCAACCACAUCACCGCAGUCGCUGUCAUCGCCACAGAACAGCAUCAAGCUGAACUCGCGCUUCACGCGCCGCAUCGACCAUGUCACCACCGUCACCACCGUUCGCAGCAGCACUGCGAGCACCACCAGGACCAGUCCAAGCCAUGCCAAAGCCAGCAACAGCAAAUUCAAAUCUGUGGGCAACUGCUCCGCGUCGUCGCCAACCGAGCCGCUGGCCAACUUUGUGGCGUUUGUUGAGAAUCUGCCCUCGGAAUCGGUCAUCUCCGAGGAGUCCACGCCCAAGGAUCUGCACAAUCACACGCACAACGGCGACGCCUUGGCCCAGCUGCAGCUGGAACAGCUCGACAACACCGAUGACGACGAGGAUACGAUGGAGGAGCUAACCGAAGCGGAGGACUGUGCAGCGGCAGUGUUGACCGCCGGCUCGCGGCGCAGCUCCGGGCAGGGCAAUCCAGUCCAGCCAGUUCAGCCAGUCCAUACCGUUCAGCCGGUGAAUCGCGGCCAGCAGAGGCCCAUCGCCCCGAUGGCCAGCUACAGCGAGAAGGCGGUGGGCAGCUCGCCCAAGCAUCUGGUCAGCACAUUGAGCUCGCCCAUUGAGCAGAUCGCGUGCAGCGUGUCGCGGGAGCAUGUGCUCAAGAACGAGAUCGAGCAGCUGCAGGAGCAGCUCAAGGAUACCGAGGAGCGUUUGGCCUCGGUCCGGCUGCAGAGCGAAUCGCUCUCCCAGACACAGCGUGCGCUGCGCGAGCACAACGGCCGGCUGCAGGAGGAGUCCGAGAUGCUCAAGCUGGAUGUGCAGCAUCUGCACGAAUGCGCCGGCGUUUUGCGCAGCGAACUGCAGUCGGCGCGCCGGGAUCGCGACGAGGCCCUCCAGCUGGAGCGUUCACUGCGCGCCGAGCUAGAGGAGGCGCAACAGGAGCGCCGGCACGCAGCCGACGGCAAGGAGAAGGAUGCACGCAUCAUACAGGAUCUGCAGCGGCAGUGCCGCGAAAUGGAGCGCAUACUCAUGCGCAAGCAUCCCGACUCGGUGUCGGCGCUGAUAGUUGCCUCGAAGAGCACUGGCAUCUGCUCGCUGAACGACCAGGAGAAUGUGAACAGCCGCAAGCUGCUGGAGCAGCGCAUCGCCCAGCUGGAGUCGGAUGCCAAGGAGCAGGAUCGCAAGGCACAGCAGAUACUGGCCAAUGUGCAGGCGCGCUUCAAUUCCGUGCAGGCCAAAUACGAGACGCACAUUGCCGACCUGGAGACGCAGGUGCUCAGCCUGCAGGAGAUCAACACGAAGCUGAACGAGCAAAUUGAAUCCCAGGUGCGCACACUGGAUCGCUUCAUGCAGAAGCGCGCCGACAGAUACUACAACAACUGCACCCAAACGGACGCAGUCGUCGCCCAGACGGGGCCGCAGCCCGUGGGCCACAUCAAGGCCGCCAUACACACGGGCACCCAGACACAGGCGAGCCACACAGGCGGCAUGCGCGAUCACAGCACCAACACCAUUGGCUGCCCCUCGCCCAGCAUCAGCUGCCAGCAGCAUCUGCAGCAGCAGCUCCAUCAACAGCAGCAGCAGCAGCAGCAGCAGUUGCACUCGGCCGGCAGCAGCAGCACCAGCAGCACGGCCAACUCGACGCCGAACACGUCGCGUCCCAAUUCGAAGCAGAGCGGCGGACAGCGACGCAAUCCGGCAAUUGGCAACUCCAAGCUGCCCAUCUCCCAGUCCGAGUCCACAUUGUCGCUGCUCAGCCAUGGCCCUGGCCCUGGCGCUGGCCCUGGCGCUGGCCCUGGCGCUGGUCAUGGCCAUGGUCAUCUCCAGGCAGCGGGCCACAAGGAGGACACACAGCUGCUCAGCUCGGUGCGCAGCAUGCGCAUCGAUUUGGCCCUAAAGAACAAGGCCAUGCAGCGGCUGACACGUGAGCUCGAUGAUUGCAAGAAGACCAUAAGGAAGCUGCAGCGGGAACGCGAACGCGAACGCGAAAGGGAACGGGAACGGGAACGGGAGCAUGCCGGAGUGGGAGCAGCUGCAGCUGCAGGUUCGCGUUUGGAGAAUAAACUUCAUGGCGGCGCCGGCGGCGGCGGCGGCGUGUCGGCCAGUGGAGGCGCCGCCCAGCGACGUGGACACGAUCAUCAUUAUCAUCAGCAUUAUCCGGAUCAUGUGCCAGCGACCACGGAGAAUCAGGCGCUGAAAGAGGCACAGAAUAAGUUUCAUCUGCUGGAGGCGGACUACAAAACGCUGCACGAUAAGCGCUUGCAGGAUCUAAAGACCCUGCAGAGCGCACAUGAGCGUGAGUUGGCCUCCUGCAAUGAGACGGUGCGCAUAUUGCAGCAGCGUUUAAAUGAGCGCGAGGAGGCGUUUGCCACACAGAAGCGCCGCAAGGUGCCCGUCGACUACUAUGCGCUGAAGGCCAAGGUGUCGCUGCUCGAGCGGCGUCAUUCGGAGCGGGAGGAGCGGCUGCACAUGCUCGUGGAGGCGCUCAGCAAGGGUCGGCUCAAUGGUGCCCUCGAGGAUCUGUUGCAGGAGAACAACAACAAGUAGAUCGCAUAGUUGGGCAUAGUUGUGAAAAGAGAGCGAAAAGUCGCACUUUAACGAGCUAUCGAUAUCGUUGCGUUAUCGUUAUCGGUUCGUUAUCAUCAUCGUUAUCGCUAUCGUUAUCGUUAUCGUGCAUGCAAGAAGCGAAUCAAUUGUCUGAUUCCAAACAAAAACAAGCAAAUCAAAAUUAACAGAGUAUUCGUUUUGUUAUGCUUUAAACAAAUUACAUUUAUGUUAAAUAAUAAUUAAUUUUUUAUAUACAUUGAUUAAGAUUUAUCGAUAGAUCGAUAACAGUUGCAACACAUGCGCAAUUCCAGCCAAAUUGUACGAUUAUUA